UCCGCUUUUGUUACCGGGAUUGCAACACUUUGGACUUUGGAAAAAAAAAGACACGGUCGAUGCACUUCUGUGACUUUUUUAUUCUACAAAUGUUCAAUAUUUCAGUCUUUUUUCCCUUUGAGAGUUAAAUAUCUUAAUCAGUUGUAGUUCUGAUCAGAAAUACAAAUAAUUACAAUACUUCUAACCAAUUCACUUAUAGUUUGUUUACAUAAUGCUAUUGAAGCUCCCACAAAAAAAAAAUCUAGACCGAUGGAUGUAUUUGAGAAUUUAAGAUGUAUUAUAUUUCAAUGGGGGCAUUCUUUUGGGGGUUUCCCCCUAACAACCAAUAAUAAUUUUUUUGAAAAAAUUAUUUGAAAACUAAUUGAAAAUUAAAAAGCCAAUGAGUAAAAACAACAUUUUCAAUAAAUUAUCAAAAAAAAAAAAAACAACUGCAGCUUGGUAAAAAUGUCAAAUAAUGUCAAAAAAUUCCAGUUCCAUUUCACUUGCGAAAAUCCAGCGUUGACACAGUUUUCACUUUCACUAUGACUCCUGGACGUGUGUUGGUCCACUCCUCCUUGAGUCAGCCUGGAGAUCCUGCAGCACACACAGGCUUCUUACUUGCAAGGGGGAGCUACAGAAAGAAAUUACAGUUUGAAUCCAGCUGUUUUUUUUAUUUAGCCGGCUUCCUUUUACCUUUGUUGGAGCUGUGACAUGUUUGUUGACUGGCGGUGUUUUUAGAAGACAGCAUUUUCGUGAUAUUUACUUCCCGUGUGAACUGAUCCGGGUAAACAGGUCGACAGAGGCUCCCCGGUGUGUGUCGUCGCCCCCCCCCCGCUGCAGACAUGGGAGAAGAGACUCCACUGCUGAACAGAAGACUCACAGCGACUGAAUCCAAGAUCCACAACUCCAAACUCUUCCUGGCGGUCUUCUCCGCCGUCCUGGGGAACUUCAGCUUCGGUUACUCCCUGGUCUACUCGUCGCCGGUCCUGCCGAGGCUCACGGCCCCCGACGCCGACCCCAGGCUCAGGAUGGGCACGGAGCAGGCCGCCUGGUUCGGCUCCAUCUACACGCUGGGCGCGGCGGCCGGCGGCCUGGGCGCCAUGCUGCUCAACGACUUGAUCGGACGCAAGCUGAGCAUCAUGACGUCGGCGGUGCCGUCGACUAUUGGGUACAUGCUGAUGGGAGGGGCUGUCGACAUAAGGAUGCUCCUCGUGGGCCGGUUCCUCACAGGCGUGGCCGGCGGGAUGACCGCAGCAUCCAUUCCUGUUUACAUCUCGGAGAUCUCCCACAAAGCAGUGCGAGGAGCUCUGGGCUCCUGCCCUCAGAUCACCGCUGUGUUCGGGGCUCUGGUGCUCUACGCCAUGGGUCCCGCGGUGCCGUGGCGGUGGCUGGCGGUGGCGGGCGAGGUCCCGGCCGUGUUGAUGGUCGUGCUGCUGGCCUUCAUGCCCAGCUCGCCCAGGAGGCUCCUGGCCCUGGGCAGGGAGCAGCAGGCCGAGCGGGCCCUGCGCUGGCUGAGGGGGCGACACUACGACACGCGCACCGAGCUCAGCGCCAUACAGGACAGCAUCGACAAACAGGAAAAAGUCACAUGGUCGCGACUGGCCACACCCAUCUACUACAAACCAAUCCUGAUCUCAGUGGUGAUGCGUUUCCUGCAGCAGAUGACGGGCAUCACGCCCAUGCUGGUCUACCUGGAGACCAUCUUCUCCAAAAGCAACGUGUCCCUGCCGCCCGGGUACGACGCCGUCAUUGUAGGUGCGGUCCGCCUCCUUUCCGUCGUCGUGGCAGCCAGUUUGAUGGACAGGGCGGGACGCAAAGCCCUGCUGUACACGUCGAGUCUGCUGAUGUUCCUGUCCGCUCUGACUCUGACCGUGAACUCCCACACAGCGGCCCCCCCCCCGGGCCCCGGCCCCCCGAACCUCACCGUGAGCUUCGACCUCAGCCCCCACAAUGCCUUCGGAAACACUUUGGAUGCCGGCCCCCAAACUGCAGCAGGCCUCACCCCUCUCAUCAGCACCAUGGUGUUCAUAUUUGGUUACGCCAUGGGAUGGGGCCCGAUCACGUGGCUGCUGAUGUCAGAGGUGCUGCCGCUGGUCACCAGGGGCGUGGCCUCGGGCCUGUGCGUGACCGUCAGCUGGCUGACGGCCUUCGCGCUCACGCACGCCUUCUCGCACCUGGUGGACAGGUACGGCCUGUACGUGCCCUACCUGGGCUUCACGGUGGUGUGCGUGCUCUGUCUGCUGUUCACCGCCGUGUGCAUCCCGGAGACCCGCGGCCGCACGCUGGAAGAGAUCGAGAACUACUUCAGGACGGGCCGGACGUUCACCAUCAGCAGGAGCGCGUCCGUGGCGGAGUCGGGUCCCCCGGCGUUAGAGGGCGAGGGCGAGGCGGCGUACGGCGCUCUGAGGAAAGGACUACCGGAAUAAGACCACUGGGUGUAAAGAGCAAUUCGCUUUAGGCGUGAUGGUGUAAGUGGAGUAAUGUCCACCCGAGUCUAGUGAUUAUAAACAAACACAUAAUGUACCAACAGGAGAAGAUCAUCCUGUUGCUAUAUACACAUGACACAUGACACAUGUUGCAUAUAUUGUAUAUUUACCGAUUGAAUAGUGUAUAUUGUCGUAAUCAAAUGUUUAAAAGUUAUUUUUUUCUGUACAAUAAACUAUACCAGACUCCAAAACAACACAAAUAUCCACUGUUUGCGCAGUGUACAAUACGUUAAACUUUAAAUGUUAAAUAAUCUUCCCAAACAGGUUGCCAGCUGUGUGUGUGAGUGAAAAAAAAACAAAAAAAUGGUUCAUCUUUUCUGUGCCUAAAAAUAAAGGGAAUGAUGUGGCCGAGCAGGUCGGGUGACGUGCCACAGGGGGGUGGACAAAAUAAAAGGAACACCUGACAGAGUCGGAGUGCUCUUUGCAUUAUUUCUAUGUGGCUAAUUCUACCAAAGAAAG